AUGAGUUCCAGCGAACAUGAUGCCGAGGCCCUCGUGCACUCCGAUGACCCAAGUCACCCCGCGAACCACAUCUGCACGCUCUGCGCAAAGUUUUAUAGCUUGGGCUGGGUGACAGGCACUGGCGGAGGAACGAGCAUACGCCAUGAAGACAAGAUAUACAUUGCGCCCAGCGGCGUACAGAAAGAGCUCAUGAAGCCUACCGAUAUGUUUGUUAUGGACUUCAACAGCAAGGAGUACUUGAGGAGACCACAGGUUCUCAAACCCUCCGCGUGCACGCCUCUCUUCCUCGCAGCCUUCGAACGCGGCGCCGGCUGCUGCAUCCACACACACUCACAAUGGGCCGUCCUCGUGACCCUCCUGGUCGAACGCGAUUUCGGAAAAGACGCGUGCUUUGAGAUCGAAGAGAUCGAACAGAUCAAGGGCAUACCGAAAGGGAGGGGGAAGCAGGGUAACCUAGGUUACUAUGACCGGCUGCGUAUACCCAUCAUCGAAAACACUGCCCACGAAGAAGAUCUGAGAGAGAGCUUGGAAGAGGCGAUGGAGAAAUACCCCGAUUCGUACGCGAUUCUUGUGAAGAGACAUGGCAUUUACGUGUGGGGUGAUAACGUACACAAGGCGAAGACGCAGUGCGAGAGUAUCGAUUAUAUUCUGCAGCUGGCGGUGGAGAUGAAAAAGCUAGGGCUACCGUGGACGAAGUGA